AUGGGAAAUACAUGGACUCAGAAUCCGAAUUUCAAGGAGAACACCUUUUGGAACUUUCAUCAGGCCCGCAGCCAUUCGACCGUAAACUGCAAGGUUCUCGGUGCCAGGUUGGCCCCAAAGCUGCUCGCAGGAAAACUCGCCGAAGUAUCAAGCGUAAAAGAUAUCGUCCGCGACUCAAACCGCCCUCCAAGAAACGAUAAGGCCCCUAAAACGGAGAACUCUCUCCAAGGGAACCAAUCAGGAGAAAAGCGUGGGAGAAGGCAGGACGAGAAUGGCAAUGACAAUAGUCGCCGCAGGGUCAACAUGAUCAUCCGAGGAUCGCAGUACUGCAGCGAUACCAUUUCCGCCAUCAAAGCUUAUGAGUGCAAGGCUGAGACAAGCGCAAAUUCGCUAACCUGGUCCGCGCCUGACGACUACCCGAAAGGAGCGAUCACUUUCGAUGAAGAAGAGGCCCGCAAGAUCGAUCAGCCCCACAGCGAUCUGCUCGUGAUCGUUCUCGUGAUAAGAGAUCUAGAGGUCGUGAGAGUUCUCAUCGACACAGGAAGCACGGUCAAUGUAAUCUUCCUCGACACCCUUAAAAGGAUGAACGUCCAACUAGGAGAAGUCGUACCAUCCCCCAAGCCGCUGACCGGUUUCGAAGGCACGACAUCUAUGACUCUUGGAUCGAUCAAACUACCCGUUGCCGCGAAAGAAGUUACGAAGAUCGUUGAUUUCACAGUCGUUGACUACCCGGCCAUCUACAACGUCAUCAUGGGCACACCAUGGUUAAACGCCAUGAAAGCAGUCCCAUAUACUUAUCACUUAGGCAUCAAAUUCCCGACUCAUAACGGAAUCGCCACGAUCUGGGGAUCCCAGACACAGUCAAGAUGCUGCUUCCUGGCCAAACACAAACUAAGGCAGAUCACGACCAUCUCGAUGGUGAAACCCAAACGGGCGAAGCUAGCUCUGACAUCAACUGAAAACGCUUCGAAAAAAGAUGAUUCAGAAUCAUCAACUCAAACAACAGCCAAAGAACAACCAGUUUCAAAGCCUAACGCUUCUACCCAAUCGGAGGAAACAAACCCGGUAAAGGUCAUCGAUCCUGCAACUAACGCGAUUGACGCAAUAGCCGAGUAA